UCAAACAAAGAUUCAAAGAAACCUCGGAACAUAGACUAGCUAAAGAAAAAAGAAAUAUAUUAUAUUAUAUUAAUCAAGCUAGCUCAGCCCUACUCUUCUUUUCCACCUCUCUCUCUCUUUCUCUCUCUCUCUCUCUCUCUCUCUCUCUCUCUCUCUCUCUCUCUCUCUAUAUAUAUAUAUAUAUAUAAUCUCCCAUCUUCACCAUAAUUGAAAACCCAGCUCAAUUGGGGCAUUUCCACUACCACUGUACAGGUUCAUAAUUUCUUAUGAAAUCCAUGGAUUCGCUUCAAGAAUUCAACCCUUCCAACGCAUCAAACAGUUCAAGCAUCAACAUCAACACCACCACCACCACCACCACCAGCAGCUCCAAUACAGUACCUGCGGCCUCACCCUCAUCAGCCACAUCCUCCACUCUCAGCCGCUACGAGAACCAAAAGCGGCGAGACUGGAACACCUUCGGGCAGUACCUCCGCAACCACAGGCCACCGCUGUCCCUUGCACGGUGCAGCGGGGCCCACGUGCUUGAGUUCCUCAGGUACCUAGACCAGUUUGGGAAGACCAAAGUGCACACUCAGCUGUGUCCCUUCUUUGGGCAUCCAAACCCUCCUGCACCGUGCCCUUGCCCUCUGCGCCAAGCUUGGGGAAGCCUAGAUGCCCUCAUCGGCCGCCUCCGAGCAGCCUUUGAAGAGCACGGUGGGAAGCCUGAGGCCAACCCUUUUGGGGCUCGUGCUGUGAGGCUUUAUCUGCGUGAGGUUCGCGAUUCUCAGGCCAAAGCCAGAGGAAUUAGCUACGAGAAGAAGAAGAGGAAGCGCCCACCACAGAGUAGUAGUUCUACUAGUGCUCUUCCAGUUCAAGCAAUAUUGCCUCCAACUCCUCCUCCAGCUCCUCCUGGUGCAAGCUAAAUCAGUAAGAAGCUGUUUGGUCUUUUGGGAUCAUCAGAAUCUUCAUUAUUUCAUCUCUAGCAUAAACAUAAUUGUCUUUAUUACCUCCUCUUCUUUGCCUUAGCUAUGUUAUUGGGUAUUUAGGGUAGCCUUAUAUUCACACUCCACAAAGCGAUUCUUGCAUUCCUCUCAUCAAGAGUGCAAAUAUCACCGUCAUAACAACGCUGUCAUUUGCACUCCUAUUGAGACAACAUUACAAUUCCUCUCAACAGGAGUGUAAAUAACAUUGUCGUGACAGUGUUAUUAUUUGCACUCCCCCACCAGAGAGGAUUCGAGAGGAGUGCAUGAAGCUUUCUGAGUAGAGUUGUUGAGCCUUCAUUAUCAUCCUCCUUUGUAUUUCCCUUUUUUUUAA